GAAAAGGAACGCAACGCAAUCUUACUAGUCAAAAACAAAAUUAAAAAAAAGAGCAAAGAGGAAGCGAAUAAGGACAAUUUCACCGCUACACCCUCCACUCAGUCCCGAGUUGUUCACCCCAGCGAUGCUAUCUCCAACUUCAAACCCUCCAAUUAAUCAAACAAUGACCACUCUUCCCCAAUCUCAUAACCCCUCCAUGGAUAACCAAAUCCACCGAAACGGCGGGGUAGAGCCAAACCACCACGCCGCCAAGAAACCCAAACUCGCCCACUCCAUUUCCGACUCCGAGAUCCACGAGGAAUUCUCCCACCACCAACGUGGCGUCGCUAGGAUCAAUAACGGCAGCUUCGGAAGCUGCCCGCGCUCCGUUCUCGCGGCGCAGUCCGUAUGGCAGCUCCGCUUUCUCCAGCAGCCCGACGACUUCUUCUUUAACGUGCUCCGUGGCGGCAUCCUGGAAUCGCGAGCCGUAGUCGCAGACCUAAUCAAUGCCGACCACGUCGACCGCGUCUCCCUCGUCGACAACGCCACCACGGCCGCCGCCAUCGUCCUCCAGCAGAUUGGCCGCCGCUUCGUGCGCGGACAUUUUCACCGAGAGGACUCUGUUAUAAUGUUCCACUGUGCGUACCAGGCGGUUAAGAAGUCCAUCGAAGCCUACGUGACUCCGAUCGGCGGUACCGUCGUCGAGGUCCAGCUCCCGUUUCCGGUGCGUUCUGACGAGGAAAUCGUAACCGAGUUCAAGAAAGGCAUUGAGAAAGGUAAACUCAACGGCGGAAGAGUCAGGUUAGCGAUAAUCGAUCACGUAACGUCGAUGCCUUCUGUGGUUCUCCCCGUUCGAGAAUUGAUUAAGGUUUGCAGAGAACAAGGAGUGGAACAGGUUUUCGUCGACGGCGCUCACGCCAUUGGAAGCUUGCCCGUGGACGUGAAGGAAAUUGGGGCUGAUUUUUACGUGAGCAAUUUAUAUAAGUGGUUUUUCUCUCCGCCUUCGGUGGCUUUUUUGUACUGUAAAGAGAGUUCAAACGACGUGCACCACCCUAUCGUUUCGCAGGAGUACGGAAAGGGUUUACCGGUUGAGAGUGCAUGGGUUGGGAUGCGGGACUAUAGCCCCCAACUUGUUGUGCCAUCGAUUUUGGAAUUCGUGAAUCGGUUCGAGGGUGGGAUUGCGGGGAUCAUGCAAAGGAACCAUAAUGCGGUAGUGAAAAUGGGGAUCAUGUUAGCGGAGUCUUGGGGAACGAAUCUAGGGUCGCCUCCUGAGAUGUGCGCUAGCAUGAUUAUGGUGGGGUUGCCUUCUAAGCUCUGCGUGAUGAGUGAUGAUGAUGCCUUGCGGUUAAGGUCUUACCUAAGGGUCUAUCACGCAAUUGAGGUUCCUGUAUAUUACCAGGUUUUGAGGAAUGAUGAUAGGGAUCCCAGGGACAAGAAUGGGUUUAUAACUGGUUAUGUCCGGAUAUCUCAUCAAGUUUAUAAUACUAUUGAUGAUUAUCAGAAGCUUAAGUCAGCGAUUAAUCAGCUUUUGGAGGAUGGGAAAAUUUGCGGCGGGCUUCCUACGGAGUGAUUUGCAAGAAGAGAAAUAAAGAGAUUCUGAGACGGAAGGCACAUACUCCUACUACAUUUAGAGCACUACGUAAUGUAGGGAAGUGGUGAAGUGUUUACGGAGCCAAAAAAGAUUUUACAAUUAGUAAUGUGAACUGGUUUCUUGUUGGUAUUUUACUACAUAUAUUUUCUCUCUUUUUUCGGUUGACAAAUGCUGAGGUUCUGAAUCAAGGUAUUAGAAAACAACACAAUCAAAGAGAGAAAUGAAGAGGGAGUCAGUUUGAAAGAGGAAGAUAUGGAGAAUUUUUGUGGGGCGUGCGUAGAGAGAGGUGCUGCUUAUGUUUGGAUUUGUUGUGACGUGGAAAAAAUGUAUGUGGAAAGUGCAUGCAGAUUAUCCCUUCCACGGCUUGAGCAUAAGAAGCAGGACAAAUGUCCAUCUUACAUUACAGCAACAAGACAGCUCUAUUUUGUUAUCAUAAUCUUACCAAUUUUAUGACUAUUUUGUUUAGAAGAUCAAGUUUAUUAGAUCUGUUCCUAUAUUAUUCAGAUACUAUAAAUAUAUGAUUUAGCUGUCGAAUUAUCUGCU